AACGGGCAGGUGGCAUCACGGCAGACUCCUCACCCCGGACUGUUGUCUUAUUUAGUCUUGUAGGCGUACAUAUUAGUCUUUGCUUAUUUUAUAUUUGUUGUUAAUAUAAAAUGUUUAUACAUUGUACAUAGAGGACACAAUUCACCGAAGAAACAAAUCCGAGGAGCCCCUGAACGCAGCACGCUGCUGUUAUUUCCCAAUCUGGAUAUAGAGGAAGUCCGCUGCCAGGACUGGUUUUAAUGGAUUAAAUUCAGGUUAUUUCUGUUUAAAUAUGGAGGCAGAAGGGUCCGGACCUUCGUUACAAAUGUAUAUAUGACGUGACGCCACGAUGAUUUUGAUGCUGCUGCUCACUCAAGCCUUUCUCUCAGCGCUGAGUGAGGAGCCUCCACCCCCCCCACAACACGUCCAUGUUAAGAAGUGGCUGCUGACAUGGACCCCUCCCACCGCAGAGACAGACCUCACCUACACCGUCCAGAGCAGUUUCCAUGGCGGCAAGUGGACAGACGUCCCCAUCUGUGUCCAUAUGGCCUCCACUUCCUGUGAUGUCGCUCUCACAGCAGCAGAGAAUGAGCAUGGCUGUGUGAUGCUGCGAGUGCAAGCAGAGAGACGGGGACUGAAGUCGACCCCAGUGCAGGCCUGCAGCUCACAAAGUGACUCCUGCACACCUGAGGUCAGCCUGUCAGCCCGGCCCGGAUUUCUCACCAUUCACCUGAGUCGUAACCACAGCCUGGCUCAGAACCACGCCGCCCACACUGUGUACAGAGUCCACUACAGCAGAGAGGGAGACACAACACAGCUCUCUGAAGACUCCUCCUCCUCUUUGACCCUCCCACAGCUGGAGCCGGGGCAGCGUUACUGCGCUCAGGUGGAGUACAUCCUCCACAGGUGGUCCGUGGGCCCACCCAGCUGCUCCCUGUGUGAGCUGGUCCCCCACUCAGGUGAGACAGGUACAGAGGUGAACCCAGGUGUGAUAGUGGGUGUGUGCAUAGUUUUGUUCCUCCUGAUGUCCGGCACAGCGUACGUCUUCAUCUUCCAGCAAAGGAGGAUCAAGCAGUGGCUCCGCCCUCCAUAUGCGAUCCCAGAAGAUUUCUACUGCCAGCGUCACUUCCCCAUCUCCACCUACAGCCUCACUGAGGAGCACUUGGAUGUCAUUACCGUUGUCAUCCCAGUGGAGCGGAGAGAGUGAGAUCAGACCUCCACCUGCUGCCCAGUGCUUUGAUAUCAUGCCGUCCCACCUCAGGAGGAUUUCACUUGAGGAGGGAAAACUCUAAAUAGAAAACAGUUGAAUCUGAUCUUCAUUCAGCAGAGGAAAGACUGAAGCGCACACACACACACACAAUAAUAGCAUCGCAGGUCUGACUUAAACACCUGUUUGUUUUAGCAUUAAGUGGUGUCUAAAAAGAUUCAAAGAGUGAAAAUUAUUUCAGUGAGGGAGGUUUUGUUACACUCAUUCAAAGGUCUUUUACAGAAUUUUUAAACUGCAUUAUUUUGUGCGAUUUCAUAAUGUGCCAUAUAUGCUUGCCACUUUAAAAUUUAACCUCUAAACUAA